UCUGAAUUACUCGAUUUUCAAUUGUUCAUCAAAAUCUGAAGUAAUGCAUCUAGGUGUGAUAUUGUAAUUUGAAUUUUGUUUGUAAUCGCACAAUUUUUCCAUUUGUUGCACAAUAUUCCUACAGUUUGCAUUAAAUUUUGAUCAAGCUAUAUUUGAAAACUUGAUUUCUGUUCUUUAUAUUUUAAUUGAUUGUGCGAGCUUGUUUUUUUCUGAUCAAUCGAUCGAUUUUCGAUCAUCCUAUCGUGUUUUGGUGUGUUUUUCUUACCUAGUUCUCCUAUUUUCUACAGUUGGAUCAAAUAUCUAUGCAUUACAUUAGUAAUGCAUGUAAUGCAUAGUUUUGGUCUUAUUUCGGCUAGUUUAGAUCAGUUUCUUCUUUGGUUGUGUAAUCUUUUGGGGAGCUUGCAUUGGUACUGUUAUGGAAGAACAAAUAGAAUCACUGAUCUUGGAAAAACUUGAAGAAAUUAAACAAGAACUUAAGGAAAUUAAACAAGGAGGUUUCAUAGGUCAACAACAUGCUGAAGAAGUUCCUACUAAUGGAAAUCAGUACGAAAUUGGAGAUUUUCUAAACAGUGGAGCUUAUGGUGCAGUCUUCACAGUUACUGAUGUGGAGAAGCAACAACAAUUUGCUAUGAAGGUGAUUGAAUUGCAGAAUAAUGAACUCACUAAAAGUUUGGUCAGAGAAAUGUCUAUUCUAAUGGACACCCAACAUGAAAAUAUUGUUAGGCUGGAAAAAAUCUUUAUUUCACCAAGUAGUGUAAACUUAGUGAUGGAAUAUGUGCCAUACGAUUUGCAAAGUGAAUUGGAGACGAACCCAAAUGCUUAUCAAUCUCCUUCUGAGAUAAAGAAAAAUGUGAAGGAAAUUCUUGAUGCACUGUCAUAUUUGCAUAAAAAAGGCAUCAUACAUAGAGAUGUGAAGCCAGAAAAUAUUUUAGUUCAAAAAAUUACAGUUGGAGAAAAGCAGCUCAAGAAGCUCAAGCUUGCUGAUUUUGGUUCUUCAAAGUUUGUUGGUGGUUCACAUACCCCACAGGUAGUGACACUCCAAUACAGAGCACCAGAGAUUUUACUUGGUAGUGUAAACUACACAACCGCAGUGGACUUAUGGUCGGUAGGAUGUCUCUUCUAUGAAUUUUUGAUGGCUAGGCCACUUGUUGAAAAUAAUCCCGAAUCCGAGCUCCAUGUCAUCCAACAAAUUUUCAAGAAGUUGGGAACCCCAACUGAAGCAACAUGGGCUGGAGUGUGUUCCCUCCCAAACUAUCCUACUGAUAUGCCACAAUUCUUUGAAAAGGAACUUGAAGGUGAAAUUAGUGCUGAAUUGGAUUUUGAAGGCAGGGAUCUUAUAUUGCAAUUACUCAGUGUUGACCCAAGCAAGAGGAUUACAGCUGAGAGGGCUUUGGAACACCCUUAUCUACAAGGUGUGUAGGCUACUAGGCUCUGCAUUCUAGUGGUAUAGUAACAAUUACUAUGGUAUAGUAUAGAAAGUCUCAAUAAGAGAACACAGUUACAACUUUUGUAAAGGCUAUACUUUGAAUUUGAUAGCAAGUAUUAUAUUGAUAGUGGAUAUAAGUACUUUCAUUUACUCUUUGUAAUGACAGGCAAGAUCAGUACUAGUUCAUUUUUUGUGUGCAUAUGAAACAUGUUUGAACUAGUUUGUCUUGCUGAAUUUGAAAGCAAUUUAGUUUAAACUAGUUUGUGUA